GCAACCUUUCAACAUGCUUUUGGCAGGCAUGUUCUGAAGCAAUCAUAAAUCUUCUGCUCUCUAGGGAUUCGCUGAUUCUCACUAUGGAUUCUUGAUAAGCCACCCAAAAUGGCAACAUGGGUUUCUCUUGACGAUGUCAUUUCCCAUGGACAGGGAUGGUUAAUCCUUUUCAGCCUGAAGGUGUUAUUGGUAUGAAGGCAUUAUUGGAAAUCAGCCACUUCACCAAGGGCCACAAGGCAGUGGAGGGUGUGCCAAACAUAUCUUACGUGUGUGCGCAUUUGCCCUCACCACAUAUACAGAACAUAUUUAGACCACAGAGACAUAAACUCACCAUGCACCAUUCACUUUCUCUUUCAAAUGCUGAGAAAGUGUUUCAGAAAGACAGAGCUUACCGCCACCACAAACUGCAGCAUUGUGGUGAGGAGGGGGACACUAUCUUUUUCACUACAGCAAGAAGUGAGGUGCUUUCCAACAGUGCCUCUUCCUGACCUUUCAAAGGCACCUCUUCUUAUUAUUCUUGCAUGCCUACGGUAGUAUAUGGUUGCUCAGGAAACAGGAAGGACCACUCCUUUGGAAGAUACCCACUUGGCUGGGGCAUUAGUGGGCAAUUGGAGGUUGCUUGGCAGGUCUGAGCCAGCCUAUAGGCUGUGGGCUUGCCACACCUGUUGAAAUCUGAGUUGAUCAGUGGUUUGUUUCAAGCAUGGAAAUGGUGAAUACAGAGUUUGUUGCAACACGUACACAACCCACCAACUCUUCUCCCAAUUAACAGAUACUUAUUACAGGAAGAGAAUCACUCUCACUUGCUUGCUCUUUCUCUAGCAAGGUCACAAAAGAAAUAUGAAAUGAAACGGAAAAAGCUCCUCAAAGUAGAAAACACUCCAUGUUGCUUCUCUGACCUUCAGAGAAACAGCUCUGAGCAUUCUCAGAACUAACACAUGCUUCUGAUGGGCUGAUGCUACUACAGUGGACUGUUUUUGAAACAGUCCCGACUCUUCCCAUACCUGCUAUAGUAGCUGUGCUGGACAGGCCUCCUAAGAACAGCUAGAGUAAGAGUUUUCCUACUGAGCUUGACUUUCUGGCAGCCCAGCCAGUCAUAUGGGUUUUUCUGCUUAGAGACAUGUGGAAGGAACCUCUCUGUCAUAAUAUACUUUGGAUUUAGGAUUGGCUGUCAAGAGAGCUGAUUGACCAGAGAACAGUAGAUUUGACAGAAAUGUUUGCAGAACUUCUCUGAGCUCAAAUAGAAUUAUAAAAUGUGUUGUGGCACAAUAAAUAGUGUGUAGCUUUGAGAUUUUGUGGGGGAUUAAAAAAAACAACAUUUAUUGUCAUUCUUCUUGGGAAGACUAUGCCCUAGUGGACCAGCCUCCACUGCUUCUAUCUGCCCUGUUGUUUCUUGUGGAAUGCUGUGGUUUGAUGUGUUUUCCCUAAAAACACCUUCAAUCCAAGUUAGGGAAAAGAAUGACCUAACUGCAUUUUAAGCCAGCAAUGUGUAGACAACAACAGUGUCAUGUGGGUGUGUUUUACAGAAUCCUGACUUUAACCGUUAGUGUUUUAUGACCUAGUUACAGCAAUCCAAAGGUAUUCACAUUGGAUGAACUAAACCUGGGUGUUGCUGUAGGAGGACAAUUCUGAUUCAUUAUAAACAAGAUAGAUUACCUGACUUCCUGGUUUUUCCAGCUCUUAUCAUUCCGUAAGUCUGUUUAUCAAUGUCAGUGGGAGAAAAGCGAAAUGCUUUUUUUUUUGGAAAACGUACCAUACUUUCCCUUGGUACAGACAUGUUUCAACAUAAUUGACUCAGUCCUUAACUCAAAAUGUGUCAUCCUAAAUUGCAUUGGACGUCUAUGGUUAUAUUGAGUGGGAACCAUUUUCUCCUCUUCAUGUUCUGUGCCCUCCCACUGAGACUUUGUUUAUGAGGCUUGGAUGCUGAUACGAUCAUUUUUCUUGCACCAUUUAUCAGCAACUACAGAUAAUACAGUGUUAUUAAUUUCUGUGUGUAUGAAGUGCUUUGAUGCAAAGGGGAAAGCUGACAUGUAGAUUUGAAGCAAGGAAGCUUCUAUCUGAGCAACUGGAAAAGUUCUGACUUGAUUUGUAGGUCUCCAUGGAAACAUCAUCCACACACCCUGACCACAACUACAAUUCCCAUUAUCUCUGACACUUGAGUAUGCUGUCUGGGAUUGAUGGGAGUCAGACCCCCAACAACAUCUGGUAGCAUGAAUAGAAGAUAAAAAGAAUCUGCUUGUAGAUUGCUGGAAGAUUUGAAGUAGAUGAGCAAGGGAUCUGGACUCUCAGUGGUCUAGUAACAGCAGGAACAAAAGACACUUUAUCCUGCAAUGUAGGCUGUUAAACUCUCCUAUCUAUAGCAACUCAGAUGUAGGACGUUCCAGUGUUUGUCUCAUGAAAGUAAUUGGCUAUAGCUGCUACACUGCCAUUUUCCAGGUGACCCCACUCCCUAUUUUGUGAUGGGUAACUCGCCCAUUUGUAGACUUUGUGGUUCUGGGGAAAAACCAAAGUAGUUUCCCCAAAGUCUGAAAUCUGCCCACACCUAGCCUAUAUGAUUCCUUGAGUCUCUCUCAUUCUGUGAUACCAGCAGAACUUAUUUGGGACUACAGUCAUACCUCGGUUUAAGUACGCCUCGAUUUGAGUAUUUUCAGUGUAAGUACUCUGCGGACCUGUCUGGAAUGGAUUAAUCCACUUUCCAUUACUUUCAAUGGGAAAGUUUGCUUCAGGUUAAGUACGCUUCAGGUACACUCAUACCUCGGGUUAAGUACGCUUCAGUUUAAGUACUCCACGGACCGUCUGGAACAGAUUAAUCCACUUUCCAUUACUUUCAAUGGGAAAGUUCACUUCAGGUUAAGUACACUUCAGGUUAAGUACAGACUUCCGGAACCAAUUGUGUUUGUAAACCGAGGUACCACUGUACACAUUAUAUAACCAUAUACAUAACCAUAUAUUUCUACUUUUGUCCCAAUAAAUUCCUGUGUCUUAGAAACGUUUUUCUGUACCUUGUCUUCUAAAGCUCUGAAUGGUUCCUCCUUCUGAAUUUUCUUAUCUAAGUGCAUGUCAAUCCAUUCAUAACGCUAGGUAAGAGUCUGGGAGUGAGUGCAUUCUGUUGUUUGCAGGAUGUGCUUACACAAUAGACCCUGCUUCACAUUUCUUUGUGCUUCUACUCCCGCUUCAGCACCAUCCACUUCCUGCUUAACUUCCUCCCUUCUGCCUUUAACCAGGUCACCUUAGCAGGACCUUUUGUCCACCCCCUUCUUCAAAUAAAAAAGGGCAUUUGCCACUUUCUUUGUGGUGGAGUCAGUUGGAAAUGUUUUAGGAAGAAAUGCACUAUUGCAGGUUGGGGAGCUCUAUGCUGAGUGGGGAAAACACUGUUGCACAGGUCAAAUCAUGGCAGAACACUGCCUUAGAGUGCUUUCUGCUUAACUCUGCAUAUGAAGCUUUACGCUGGACCUUUCAAAAAACUUUCAAUGGAAAAACUGGCCUGCGAGCGCUCCAGUUGGAGAACAGCCUUUACCAAAGGUGUCAUGGGCUUUGAAGAAACUCGAUCUCAGGACGCAAGGGAAAAACAUGCUAAGAGGAAGGCACGCUUGGCAAAUCCACACCGUGCUCAACUCCCGCCUGGAUACCAAUGUCCGCACUGUGGAAGGACGUGUGGAUCCAGAAUUGGCCUCCACAGUCACUUACGGACCCAUUGUUAAAACCGUGUUUAUGGAAGACAAUCUUACUCGGCUACGAGUGAUCGCCAAAGAACAAGAAGACCUGGAUAGUAAAGAAUAGUGUCAGUUUAAGUAGCCAAAUUAAAACCUGGGCCACCAGAUGCAAAAAAUGUAUGGAACUUAAGUAGCACUGCUUUGUGCCUGUAGUCUUUUGGAUACACAACACAACAACUUGAGACUUGCAGAAGGUUCCUUUUAGGCUGCAGGUGACUGGUUGUGGGCGGCACUAAGCACUAUUUCCGUAUUACUACUUUUUCUAAUGUGUUAUAUUAAGAUAGCAAUAAGGAAAUGUUUUUAACAUCAGAACUAGGCUACAUUAAUGCGGCAAAAUAUAAAAUCAGUCUAAAGUUUCUUAAUACUGUAAGGCAUUCUUGGUAUUGGCUUUUGAGCAUUUGUGUGUACAUGUACAUGCGUGCGUCUGAUAGUGGCUGUUUAAAAUGGUUACACGGAUGGCUUUUGGAAAAUACUGCAGACCUUUUCAGAAAGAUUGCCCAGGGCAAGUCCAGGAGGUAAAGAACAAUCCUCAGAGAGGUCUGACUUGUUCUGAUCUGGCUGGAUAAUGGUCACAAUCCAUAAAACUAUGGCCCAUUUUUGCCCAUGGACGAGAUACCUUAGAAUGGGCAGGCAUCCUCCUGCACAGCUAUGCUGCUUCUACCUCCUCCGUACCAUUAAGGGAUUCCAGAGCAGAUUUGAGGGGAGGGGAAUGGGGAGAAAGGAAAAUUGAACUCUUGUGCAAUUUAUGGGUUAUAGCCAACUAAGUUCUAUUCAGAAUAGACCCGUUGAAAUCAAUGGACCUAAGUGAGUCCAUGCCUUUUAUUUCACUGUGCUUCUUUGAGUAGAGCUAAUGUUGGAUGCAACCUUAUAUCUUUUCUUGGCAUUAGUUGCAAUGAAACAAGAGGCACAUUCUUGCUUCCUCCUUAGGUGAACACUCAUGGUGGACUUCAAGUUUCCUUUGUAAUAUGAGGAUUUAAGUCAAUAGAGCUAGUGAGAUCAUAGCUGACCAAGGAUAAUAACCUAGGCUUGGAUUUCAUUCUCUCUCUUUUUUAAGUUCAAAAACCACACCCCACAUUGCUUGGAAAGCCACUUUAGAAUUGGUUACUGCCUUCAGCAAAGCCAGCUGUCUUUGUGUCAAAUAAAGUAAGAACACAUAUAGUAUCAAGCGAUUUAUUACACAGGAUCUUGACACUUAGAGUCACAAGUCUGUCGAUUACAUUUCUUCCUCUUUAGUUCAUAGCAGCUAUUUCUGGAAGUGAUCUGGUCACAUACACCCUGCUGGAAGAGAUGCUCUCUUUCCUUGGAUCAUGACAGGCUUUGGGUCAUUUUCCAAGGGUGAUACGUGUGUAUAUUUCAGAGAGUGAAUUGAAAAAAAGGAAUUCUACAGCAGUCAGAGGUUGUGUGACACUGCUAACAAAGUUGAAGACAGCGUACCAGUCUGAUUUCUAGUCAAAUUAGAGGGAGCUUAUUUAUAAACCUCUUACUCUUAACUGGAAUCAAGUUACAUCUGGCUAAAUUGGAUGGUUAUUGAUUUCCCAGGUGCUCUGGGAAAGCUGACACAAUGAGUAAGCACUUGCUCCAGGUCCUUGGGAUGUGAUGCUUUUCCAGUGAAGAUGUCCUUGUAUAUUAUUUCACUACAUCACAAAGCCAACCUUCACUGAGCUCGCUUGUGGGUGAAAUGUGUUGCCAGGCUACACCAACCAUCUUUUCAGCGAAACCAAUCCAGCAUAAACCAGAGAUGGUCAUUAGCCAGCCUGUUCCCAUAUCAGACAAUGGGAAAAGAAAAAAGAAAAAAAGAACGAGAGCUACAGACCAUUUCCCUGGAAGGUUUGAAGAUCUGUACAAACUCACUGCAGAGUUACUUGGUGAAGGAUCAUAUGCCAAGGUUCAGGGAGCGGUUAGCUUGCAAAAUGGGAAAGAAUAUGCAGUUAAGAUAAUUGAGAAGAACGCUGGGCAUAGUCGUAGUCGGGUAUUUCGGGAAGUGGAGACAUUGUAUCAGUGUCAGGGUAACAAGAACAUUUUGGAAUUAAUAGAAUUUUUUGAAGAUAAUGCAAGAUACUACCUUGUCUUUGAAAAACUGCAUGGAGGUUCUAUCCUGGCCCACAUACAAAAGCAAAAACACUUUAAUGAGAGAGAAGCCAGCAGGGUGGUGAGAGACAUCGCCUGUGCUCUGGAUUUCCUCCACACAAAAGGUAUUGCUCACCGAGACCUAAAACCUGAAAACAUAUUGUGCGAAUCUCCCAGUAAGGUGUCGCCAGUGAGAAUUUGUGACUUUGACCUUGGAAGUGGGGUGAAACUCAACAGCGCAUGUACUCCAAUCACAACUCCUGAGUUGACCACUCCAUGUGGUUCUGCAGAGUACAUGGCCCCCGAGGUGGUGGAAGUAUUCACAGAAGAAGCCACAUUCUACGACAAGCGCUGUGAUUUGUGGAGCUUGGGUGUGAUAUUGUACAUCAUGCUCAGCGGGUACCCGCCUUUUGUGGGGAACUGUGGUGCAGACUGCGGCUGGGACAGGGGAGAAGUCUGCAAAACUUGCCAGAGCAAGCUGUUUGAGAGUAUCCAGGAAGGCAAGUAUGAGUUUCCUGAAAAGGACUGGUCUCAUAUUUCCAGUGAUGCUAAGGAUCUCAUCUCAAAGUUACUGGUCCGGGAUGCCAAGGAGAGGCUUAGUGCUGCUCAGGUUCUGCAGCAUCCAUGGGUACAAGGUCAUGCUUCUGAAAGAGGACUGCCUACACCACAGGUUCUCCAAAGGAACAGCAGCACAAAAGAGCUGACUCUCUUUGCAGCUGAGGCCAUUGCCCUAAACCGCCAGCUCUCCCAGCACGAGAACCAGCUCAGUGAAGAGCAAGAGAGCAUCACUCAGGCCAUCUGCUCCCUGAAGCUUUCUCCCCCCUCCAAAUCCCGCCUUGCCAAACGCAGAGCCAUGGCUCAGGCCACGAAAAGCAGUGACUUCCAGCCUGCCCCUCAUGCAGCUCUUUGAUGUACAUUUCCUGUUUGCCAGAGUUGGGGGGGGGUCAGCUUUUGUAUGGUAAUUUUAAAGAACUCAUGGGGGCACCAGUGUUUUAAAAAGACCUUUUUUUCCCAACAAAGUUUAUGAUGAAGUGAUUUAAGGGACUAUUUCCUUGGGAUUUUUUAUUUUUUUAUUUUUUAAUGAAUGUGUUGAGUUAUAUGAUGUUCUUAAAUGACAUUGCUGCUGUGUUACUGACAUAACAAACCACAUAAGGCAAUGUUUGCACACACUGUUCUGUAACCAGAAGAUAAAUCUCUGCCACCAGCCCUGUGAAUAGUGGAAACGUGGGUUGGAGUUCACAGGCUCCCGAAUGAGCUUAAAAUAGUUGCACAACACCAGAUCUCUACCUGCAGUCACCAAAUAAUUAUUCUGACCAUCCUUUAGGAAGCUUUGCUUAUCUGCAUUUUUUAGCUUUCUUUGCUAUAAGUUCUGAGUUUGAGCUAAAUGUACAAACUCCUUAUGGUGUUUGGUGGUUGCUUUCUGUAGUACUUGUAACUUAUUAGGGGCCUUUACUUGCCUGGAUGUCUGCCCAUGUGACAUUCAGAAGGUUCAAAGCAUGUUUAUUUCAUGCAGAGAUAAUAUCAUCAGAAUUGGGUCAUUUCCACCCUCAAAUCAAAAUAAUCUUUUGACACUGUUACAGGUUACAUCUUAAAAACUGUUGCCAAAAAUGAAUUUUGAAAUCAGCCCUCGGGGUGUAAAUACUUCCUAUCCUUGGUAACGCCUUUUGUUGUUGACAUUUCCAGGUGAUCUACUUUUGCAAUUGCUUGAAGCAAAGGGCUCAAUUCUUUAUAAACCAUUUCCUCAAGGAACCUUUUCACUAUGACCCUACAGAAAAGAUCAAAAUGUUACUGCCCCUGUGUGAGCAACACUGCAAAGCUGCUUCCUCUUAUGGUGGUGGUCUACACAGAAAUGGGAAUGUCUGAAAGCUUGUAAAUAUGUGCACUCUAGUGGCAUGUAGCACCGUGACAGUGCACUGCUUGUGCGGUCUGCUUUGUGUGUUUGGACAGGUGUUAGCAGUGAUGUCAAAGCUAUGUGCAGCGCCACUGCAAGGAAGAGCUUCCUUCACAGUGCCCACAUCAUGACCAUAAUUUGGACUGGUCCUGAUUUGGGGAGUCAUGAGGUAUUCUCCUAGCUCCUUGCUUAAAUAUUUCCCCUGGCUGGCUAAACUAAUCCCAUAAUUGUUUGCUUCAAAUGAGGUUUGUGUUGUAGCAUGCUCUAAUUUUAAACUUUGCCAUCUUGCAUUUUUCCAGAAUUGUUUUCACCAUCUCCAACCACCUGAGGAGCACUUAAUUGUUUGCUUGGACAGUGGUCCUCCUGGUUAGCAACGUAAUUUCUAAGUGCAAUUUUGGUGAACAGUCUUUUUUUGUAAGCAGAAACAUAUACCAUUGAGAUUGGGGCUGCCCUUAAUUUCGGACAUGGUGGGUUCUUGCUGUUGAAAUAUACAUUCCAUACUUAUUUACAGAUAUAUAAUUGAAGAUGGAGAAGGGGAGCCUGCAGGGUUCGCAUAUGCCAUUUUUGUAGCGCACAUUUUCUCAUGAUCACUUGUGACUUCUUACUCAGCUGUUGCUCUGCCUGCAACCCUUCCCAUAUUGUCUCAGACAACAGACUUUGUUUGGAAUAGGCUUGGAACAUGUUAAGCCUUGCAGGCUCCAGUGCAAUGAGCUUUUGAGUGGGUUUGUGGCAAUAUAAGUGAUGGAAGUAACAUCAGAUUGUUUUUUUUAAAUUAUGUAUACCACUGAGGAUUAAGUUGGUGGUUUGAAAAUCACCUGUGGUCCCACAACAGUCUAUUUUAACACAAAGCUAGUGACUUCAUCUUCAUUAUCUUAAGAAGCCUUGCUUUAUUGGAAGUGCUAUGGCUGUUCACCUCAGGAAAUUCAAGUAGUUUUUUAAUCAAGAAGAUUAUUUAAAUUUGCUUGUAGCUGUUGAGAAUUUAGGCCAGUGAAUUGUGAAAAGUGGGAAGAAUCUAACUUUUAAAAGAGAAGUGUUCAUGUUGAAGGAGCAGGAGAUGGAACAAAGUCAACAUGCUGGAAGGAUCUGAAUCGCAGUUAUCCUAACUCAGCCUGCCUAUCUUCACGUUUUGCCUUUAAAUAAAAGUUAUGUAUUUAUAUGCUUUUUAUUAUGACUGCACAUGAAGAAUGGCUACACUUAAGGUCUUUUUUACAUUGUACCAUUAGUGAAGGUUAUUAAUUAUAUUAUUAUAUACUGUGGUUUUUUAAAUGUACUUUAAGCUUUUACAGUUUUAACGUGCUCCAUAGCUAAUGGUUUUUUUAAGGCAUUGGAAAACUCAGGAAGAAAUCUCCCUAUGUAUGUGACACAUUAAUUAAUAGUGUACUGAGAAUUAAACUUACCUCAUCUCUAAA